AAGGACAAUUUUAUUGAUCCAUAUAAUAAAAAUAAAAUCCGAUUUUCCUUCAUUCUCUGCAUUAUAAACACAAGUGAUUAAUUGUUUUGUCAAUUGGUUAAGAGUUCAUUGCAAAAAAUGAGAUCAAAUUUUGUUAUGGUUCAAUAAAUCAACGAUUCUGGGAGUGUUACCAAAUAUAGCAUUACUACGACGUCUGCAUUUGAAAUAUAUGCAUAUAGUGAAGCACUCAGUGAACUUCGCCGUAUCCCAUUCUUUUAUACAUCGUACAAAACAAAAUGAUGGUGCGACGAUGCUGUGAAUGAAGCUUUUUCUCAUAUCAGAAAAUAUUUAAAAGCUCAAAUAAAUACCAUAUUGUGAAAUUAGAGAAACUUUCAAAUCAAUAAUAAUGAAAUGUUAACAUUUAUUCUGAUGAAAAAACAAAAACUUGCAUAUGAAGUGACUGUUUCAAAAAAGAGGACGCGAAUAAACUGAUUUGCGGCAAUUAGCUCAUCUCAAAUAGCGUUUUGUGUGGUAUUGCUAACAUUCACAACAUAAACGAUGUAUGUCUUGAAAUCAGCCAACAUGUUUGCAUUUCGUUGUUUGAUAUGGAUUAUGGUGCAAACUUUAGUAGUAUUCAUAGGAGAUUCGUUGAGUCUGGAAAUCGCAUCAACAAGCUCUUAUGUUCAAAAAGAUUUUAAAAAUUUCGUAACUGAAACGAGUACAGAUAUUGUUAAUAAUGUAGUUUCAAAUUUGAGUACGACGAUGCCGACUGCAACACCAACCAAGCCUGCAGAAGUUUUGGGAACAGCUGCUGCAUACAAGUUGGAUGAAAGAGAACCACUUAUUGGAUGCUCACUUUCUGAAUUUACUUGUUCAAGUGGUCAAUGUGUACCUGCUUCAAAAUAUUGUGACAGAAUCAGUGAUUGCGAAGAUAGUUCAGACGAACCAAGGUUCUGCACACGAUGUAAUCGCACUUAUUAUGGCAAUUUGGGAAUGACGAAUUACAUUGAACUGAUAAGACCAAAAGACGAACGAUUACCAUUUGUAUGUGAGAUGAACUUUACGGCAGCUGGCGGUAUUUACGGAGAUAUUGUUCAGAUAACUGUUGAGGGUUUUUCUGUGGGAAGGUUUUGUUCUUACGUUAUGGAGGGUUGUCCAGAAGGAUAUCUACAAAUUUCAGAAGCAUCUCAAACAUCCCAUGUUGGUGGAAUGUGGUGUGGCACAAUGGACAGUGGCCCUGUUGUAUUUUAUAGCGAAACACGUACACUAAUUUUAGCGCUAAAACUAUUACGGCCACCAAAAGGAAUCGGAUAUAUAUUUGAUUUUCGUAUAUCUUACAAAGUAUUGUCACGAGAAAAUGCAAUUGUUCGAUUUGGUGGCGUUCCAGAAAGAACAGGAAAUAGAAAUAUAACUAGUUACUAUAAUAAGAACGUAUUUAAGGAUACCGAACAGAACGAAGAAGACCUUUGGGUAAUGACAACUCGAACCGUAAACCAUGUAAAAAAUAACAACUUUUCGACCACACCAAAGCGUAAUAAGGACAAAAAUAAAAAGGAUAGAGACCGAGAACGUGAUCGAGACAAAGAUAAAGACCAUUUGGUAGAAGGAGGAAAGCGUGAUGAAAAUGACCAGUAUAAAAAAAAUCGCCAUCAUUUCGACGACUUUUCAUCGAUAAAUAAAAAUAACAACGAUAACAUCCAUAAAAUCCAUAGCAGUAUGGAACACAGCGAAAGAUAUCCGGAGAAAAGUUACGAUAAAAGCUCUACGAAACAAUCAAAAGGAUUUGUAAUGAAUAAGCCGCAUGGUGUGUGGCCAUUCCACUCGAAUAAGGAUAUCAACAAUUAUUAUGGAAACAAAACGGAACCAAAAUAUUAUUUAGGCACUCUAAUAUCGGGCACACAUUGUUCGCGAAUUUUUAGCGAUUGUGACAAGAAAGCAUGCCGACUACAAUCACCAAAUUAUCCAGGCAUUUAUCCGAGAAACUUGACAUGUUAUUAUGCAAUACGUCAGCAUGAAGUUCCACCUGGAAAACAUGCAUUGAUAACGGUACGUCAACCAAAUGGAAACUUAAUGUGGAUACAAACCUCAUCUAACAAAAACAAAGAUGACAAUGAUAAAGCCAAACUGCAACUUACCACAUGGGACGAUUGCGACACAGUGCAAGAUUUCAUUACCAUAUAUGAUGGAUACACAACGAGAGAUCCGGUUAUUCUCAAGUUCUGUGGUGGCGGCGGCAAUGGUCUUGCAGCUGCAACAUCGAGCGGUCCUGAACUAUUAAUUGAGUUUGUCACAUCACCUUUCGGCACACUUGAAUCAUCUCCAGUACAGUCUCGAACUCUUAACGGUUUUCAUUUGGAAAUUUCAGUUGAAUUUGUCGACACAAAAAGUUACUUAUAUGCAAAAAACAAGCAAAUGUGUGAAUUUUGGAUUCGAGGUACCGGACAUGGUGAAUUAGAGAGUGUACGCCACUCAUUGCCUCCAAAUACAACUUGCUUAUAUCAUUUACAAGGAACUGAGUCAAUUUACCGACCGUACGAUCAAUUCCAUUCACCACGAAGAACGGGAAUUAUCUUACCGCAAUUGUCAAGAUUCAAAGUGUGGAUUUCGGUUCUGAAGUUUAAUUUAUUCCCAAAAUUUUUGAGUGAAUUCGAUGAUCUCAAUGAAUCGAACAGUUUGGGAUCAAUCACGAAUAGCAUCAUUUCUGGGGAUCCUGCAAGUGUUAGUAUGCCCAGUUCAAAGGGUGGCGGAGCUGGUUAUCAUUAUCCAAACGAGGAAUGCAAUGGUAUGAUGCGAAUUUGGGAUGGUCCCUUACGAGAAGUUCCAAUUUGCAAUGAUUUGAAUUGCGAACGCGAUAUGAAAGCAAAAACAAAAUAUGGUCAAAACUUAACCAGUGUAAUUGCUCGCUUUUGUUAUAAUCGUAUUCCAAAAAGUUGUGACCACGGCGUUUUAAAUGAAUCACUAUCACGCCCUUGCACAAUUCUGGAAAGCUAUGUAUCGAGCAGUGACUAUGUAACUCUUGAACUCCGAAAUAUUGAAAGCACGGUUUUGCAGCCAGUCAAGUUUAAAUUGAAAUAUGAAUUUGUGGACUAUCAACAAGACGGUGCACCAAUUUUCUCCGAACACGAAUGUCAACGGAAAUUCAUUAGUUCCGAGCUUGAGAGACGAGACAUGGGAAAAUUUCGAAGCGUUAGAAAUGUCUUUUUGUUUGGUCGCGGCGGUGCAGUCAACUUAAACUGUGUGUAUCGUUUUGAAUCGGAGAAGGAUGAACGAAUUCGCAUUACAAUAAAGAAAAUUGUAACGUCAAAUCGACAGUGUUUAUCCCGGGUUGAUCCAGAUACAAAGCGAUCGUAUUGCUUUGGAGAUCAAAGAGCAAAAUUGCAGAUCAUGGAACAACCAACAGGAAGUGAAACGUUCUAUCAACGAGGAUGUGCUUGCAAUUCAUCUAGCACAUCAGAUCUUCCAAUAGUGUAUACAUCAUCAAGUCGAGCACUUGAAGUCCGUUUCACUGCCACUAACAUGACUGCACACGAUGAUCCCGAUAAUUUGAACUUUGAAGCUACAUAUGAAUUUAUAAAAUUGCCAAUGUUAUGCAAAGAAGUAAAAAGAUUAUCUGGUACAAGCGGUACAAUUAAUGUUGCUGAAGAAAACAGAGAGUGUCGUACUCAUCAAUGGAUUAUAGAACCAACGCUAGAUAGGUACUUAUUCGUUCGCAUGAAUGGCGUCUAUUUGAGGAAACACAAUCCAAUAAACUUAAUAUCAGAGUCUGGAUUAAAAUCUUCGUAUGCCGCACACUGUCCAACAAAGGCCCGUUUCGUAUUUACAAACGGUGAAGGUCUAUCAAUCACCGCAUGUCCAAGUACCGAAAAUUCUGCUGACUAUGGUUUCGUAGAGAUAUUCAGUUCCGGAUGGGAAUCUUACAACGAUUUUAAAGACGUUCAUCCGAUCCGUUCGAUUUCAAUAGAAUACAUCGAUCCAGAUGAUCAAGACUAUCAAUUCACGUGGUUCGAAAUAGUGCCACGUGUAUCACUAGGACUCGUUGCGGAAAACUGUACAUUCAUUUGUCCUGAAUUGGAUGCAUGUGUAGACGCGAGUGUUUUCUGCGAUGGCGUCAUCCAUUGUCCUUCCAGCUAUGACGAAUCAUUCAGACAUUGUUCUGCAUUAUUAAAACUACCAGUAGAAAUACUAGCCGGAUUAUUUGUAUCGAUAAUUUUGACAAUUUGUACAUUCAGUGCAUGUUUAUAUCGUAAAAUAAAACGCAGUUUCCGUGGAUCAUCAAUACUGCAAACACGUUUAAAAUCACUUAGUUCAAUGGAUACCACUACUUUCGAAGACAAGGAUGUGAUUUGCUGACAAAACGACAAUUCUGUACGAUACAUUGAGGUUGAUCGAGUGACAACGGUCUGACAACCUUCACAUUUUAUGUCGUACAGAAUUGUUAUUCAUUUCAAUUAAAAAUUCAAAAAACCAAAACAAAUAUGCACAUCAUAGAUUUCAUUCACUUCCUUAGAGAGACAUAUUUUUCAAUUAUUUUCUCUUUUCUUGUACCAAGAAAUGAUAAUUGAAUGUGAGGAUAAAGAUUACUUGUUGGAUAAAUAAUUCGUUAUAUGGAGUGAAAAUGUUAAUGUAAUAUGAUGGAAACGGAUGGCUCUUUGAAGAAAUUUAAUGUUGAUUUUGAUUUUAGAGUAGUUUGGACACGCACAACACAAGAGAGUUUAACGAUUUCAUACGUUUUAGCGAUGAAAGAGCUUUAGCAGGCGUUUCACUGGUUUAAAAAAAAACCGAAUCCCAUUGCAGUUUAAUCGGAAAGCAACAGGGGAAAUGCUACUAGUUAAUUAAUUCAAUUCAUCUAGUACAUAAAAAAUGCAGACAAAUUGAUUUUCGGAAAAGAACGUAAAAAUAAACAAAUUAACAGAAAAAUGUGGAUAAAUUGAGAUGCUUUAAGUUUGAUCUAAUUCCAUGAUCGACAAAUCACUGCGUUUUUUAUGUACCAGAUUGAAUUAGGGUGUGACAGUAAUUUUCAUUCUUACCACACCUUUACGUUUAGACAAUUUUGGAAAGAUGGUACGUAAUCGAAUAUAUGUUGCCAAGAAAUUGGAACGAAAAUGGCACAAGUCCAAAAAAUAUUCCGAAUGUUCAAAUAACUUGUUAGUGAUGUACUGUGCACCAUAAAUACUAUAAUAAUAUUCAGAAAUCUUCUAUAAAAAACAAAAACACAGGAUUAUCCAUGGCACACUUUUAAAUGUAAGAUGCAUUGGUUAAUGAACUUGAUUACUCUCAGACACACAUAAUGAAUGAGCUAUAAGCAAUAAGAAAAAAAACAUACAAAGAAAUAUAUAAUCGAUAUAUAGAGAAUAAUUUUCGACACUUAAAUGUAAAACAUCACUUGAACAAACAUUUUGGAAUCUUCAAUAGACAUUAAAAUAACCAGAAAAACGUAUGUAGUGUUUAUUCUACUACAACAUCAACUUUUACACAUCGAGUAUUUUAUCAAAAAUUGUGUCAAAGUUAAAAGGAAAUACGAAAAAAGCACAUACCAUUUUUAGAGUGACAAGCGUUGUUGGACUCAACGUUCCUCACAGAAUUCCAUCUGAAUUGAAUGAUAUGUUCAACAGGUCUUUGUUCAUUACAUUUGAACAUGGUUGUAAGCACGUGAUAUUCCCAUUAUAAAAUCAUUGUUUUCUUAACUUACCUCAUUUAAGCUUUUAACCAAGGUGGUUAACAUAGUUCAACGCCACAGAUCAUCUACAUAAAAUAUUCCAUAUAACCCAAAUGAUACACAAGUAAAUGCCAAGUAAAAUUUGUUCUGAUAAAGAAAUCAGGUAUGCUGAUAGCAGUUGAGAGAAAUUAAAGUGUCAAUCUCAUUUAUGAGCUAUAAAAUUUUAAAUUUUAAUAUCUAUAUACUUUAAGAAAGGUUUUAAGUCGAAAUGAGACGAUUGGUGGAGAUACCAUAUAAUAAACGACGCUGAAAAAUAGGAUAAGUAGUAAAUAACAAUCACAAACACAUGAAAUAAUUAACUUGGUUGAAGCUAGAUUGAUAUGUGAAUUGGAUUAAAUUGAAUCUUUUAUGUUCUAGAUGAAUUGAUGAGUUGAGUUAUCGUGUUAGUUUCCACCUUGCUUUUAACGACCAAAGAAAUCUUUUCUUCAAACAAUUGGGUCCCUCCUUUUAUAUUUUAUAGCCGGCAUAGUACACUAUUGCUAUUAAGAAGUUGGCUCUUCUUUAUAACAAUUAACAAAUACCGACAGCUAAAACUUUCAACAGCUGUACGAUUUCAAAUAAAAGAACAGAAAAAACCAGGCUUAUGUCCGAUAUAAUAAACAAAUUACAGAGAAAUUAUUGUAUGAAAACUAGCUAAAAAAAACACUUUUCACUCAUUGCGAAGUCCUUAACACUUACCGUCUCAUGGAAUUAAACAUGAAAUUAUAAGAAUUUCAAAGUAAUCAAUGUUUGAAAUGAUCUGUUCUUGAAAAUGGGCCACAAUUCUCAGUAUGAUAAAUCAAUUUAUUAAAAUAUUUUUUAGUAGAACCUUUGUUUUACAAAUGGAAGUAGAGUGAUUUAGGUUGAAUAUUUAUUCCAACAUUUUACACAUUCAAAAUAUGGUAUUCAAUGGUAUUCAAGUUGAAGAUAUAAUGAUUAAAUGUUAAUAAAGCAAUCGAAAAUAGGUAAAAGUUCGUUUGAAACGAAAUAGUAAUAGUUAUUUCUCUGAUUCAGAGAGUAUGGUAGUCGUAUUCGAAAUAUUGUAUUAUUAUUGGUUAAUAUGCAAGAGACAAGUUGAGAAAUAUGGAAGUUCGUCUGAUCUCAUAAUAUUUUUUUUAUCUCACUUCAGUCAUUCUAGCAGAAUGAAUUUUUAUGUUCAAAAAAAUAGAAAUAUCCAUCGCUCGCUGCACACGUCGUGAGAAUGUACAUUCGUUUAAAUAGAAAAAUGGGAGUAUGCAAUAUUUUUUUAUUUCAUUAGAUAUAGUGUAUACUGCCUUUUACAAAAUUGUAGAGCUUGUAAAGACCUUCAAUUUCUGUGAAAUAAAACAAAUUCGUUAUCUUGUCGUUAGAAUUAUAAACUCAAAAAAAAAAGAAUUACAGACAAAACAUACUCUCCGUUUUCACAAAGUAUUUCGAAACAAAAUGUACGCUUCUCUCGAACUGAGCGGCUUGGUCGUAUUCAUUUUGAAAAUGUUCAAAUACAAAUCAAUCAAGUAUUUUGUUUUAUUUUUGUUUCAUUUGAGAUAUAAUCAGAAGCUUUACAUCCACAUCAGACGAACGUAUUUUUUUUUUUCAAUUUGAUCUUUCAUGUAUCGUGAAUCUAUUCGUGAGAUUGAAGAAAGUUUGCACUUGUCGACGUUAAUUUAAAAAGUUAGUAGAUAAUCUCGUUAUUACAUCAGAAUUUGCAAAACAAUGUUUGGAUGAACCAUACAUUUCUUCCUUGCUCAUUGAUAGAAAUAUAUGCUUAAUCAUACAUUUAAAACAGUACGAUUUAAAUUAUCUUAAAAUCGAGACUUCGAAAUACAAAAAAAUAUAAAAAUUGUUCGUUAACAAACCUGGAAAAAUUACAAUACACACCUAAGUGGUAGUAAUCAGUGUCUAUAAGAGAUUUUCUCAUGAAAGAACAUGCCUCAUUGACACAAUAUAAUAUUUAACAAUCGACAAUCUUGUGUUCUAUCUAAAAAUUGAGAUGAAAAUACAAAAACUUCAAGUCAUUUAUAAUUUUAUUCACUGACUUAAUUUAGGAUUAAAAAAAAACACAAA